CGAAUCUACCAAUCAGUCCGUUGUCGACGAGUCCGACCUCCUUCCCCUCCUCUUCCCUGCCGCAUCGUCGAGCAGUACGAUGAAUUUACACUCUCGAGGUGUUCAAAUUGCAUCCAAUCUAAAAAAUUGUGAGUCUCGUAGCAAUCUUCGAAGUGUUGAGAUGAGGUCCAGUUCCAGGAAAAAAAUAUAGUGAACUGGUUUUUGCAUCUCCUUCUCCAGAUCCAGCUACUAACAAAGAGCAAAGUUGGGGGGAGCUUCUGAUGCACGAGGCGUCGUCGGACGAAUGGCGGCGCAGGUUUCCGAAGAGAGCAAUGAUCGCACCUCGGCUUCGGCGGAUGGAGAAGAGAAAUGGACGCACAGGACCCGAAUCGACGAGGAGCUGAAGCGGGUCGCGGAGAAGAUGCCGUCGAAGGAGGAAGCGGAAGAAAGGGCCUUGCCGACGAUCUUGCGAGCAUCAGCAGCGUUUCGGGAGCACGGAGAGUUCGGCUACGAGUUCAGGUACGAUCCCGUGUACAUGCGCCUGGGGCUCUACAGCAGGGGCGCAUUGCUUGCGCCCACCGCAGCCGAGACUCGCCGAAUGGAGGCCGCCAUUGCCUUCGUGAAGAAACUGAACGAGCGCACAGACGAGCUCGGACUGAGCCCGAUCGACUGGCACGAGAUGUGCGCCAGAGUCGUCCCGAGUCCUGCCCGAGUGCGUUGGCUGUGGAGUGACGCCCCGUCCGACAUGACGGACGACGACGUGCGCCACUUGCUGGCGAUCGACGCCGUGUACAUGCUCUGCUUUUUCCGGACUAUGGGGGAUAAGUUUCCGGAGGUCCAGGCCCUGGAUCCGUACGAGUCGGACUUCUGGACGCAGCAAGGUACCAUGCAGGACAUUCUGCUGAUGGAGAACCAGAUUCCUCUCGAGCUGAUACAGAACGCGCUCGCUCUGGCCCUGGAGCGCGAUCGGGUUGUAAACCCGAGCCCUGAGAGGGUGGCAGAAAAUGUAAACCCGAGCCCUGAAAAAAAUAUGCAUAAGCUUCUGUUACCGGUAUUAGAAAAAGUUCUGCGCUAUACUGGGCUGAAGCAGUUCUCUGACAACUUCGUGCCAGAAGAUAGCGAUAGCGAGAUAGCGAGCGUUGACCACUGGUUGGAUUUUGUGUACAGAGUGGUGGUUAAAAAAUCAAGAACACCAGGCGUGGGUGGUGAUGACUUACCUGCGCCACCUGUCGCAGGAUUGUCAAGAAGGUCGCAGGAUUGUCAAGAAGAAGAAUAUCGCGGGCUCAAUGUUAACUUCAUUCCGACAGCCUCGAAGCUGAGAAAGGCUGGCAUUGCAGUCAAAGGCUUAAAUCGAAAGCAUGCGACGAUUUAUGACUACAAAAUGGAGCAGGGUCUAUUCACGGACACUUUGUGGAUCCCGAAGCUCGAAAUCUGGGACGACACUGCGAACUCGCUGAGGAAUUUGCUCCUGAUGGAAAUGAGGUCCCAAUGUGAGGAGCAGCCGCUGAUGGAGUAUUUGGCUAUCUUAAAGCAGCUGGUGGACACGAGGGAAGACGUUGUGAUUUUGUGUGACAACACAGACGACUAUGUGAUCCUCAACAAGGUGGGCGAUGCUGGCAUUGUGGAAAAAUUGAUCGACGUUUAGGUCGUAAAAUUAAUCCUAUACAUUGACCGACGCUGUUCGUUUAAAAAACACUCUCCUACAUUUGCCAAGUUCUGCAACGAAGUGCGGCAGUGUUAUAAACGGGGGAGGGAGCGAUGGUUGUGGCAGUUUUUGGAGACAUAUUUGAACAAGCCCUGGAAAAUAGCUUCACUCAUCGCCGCCAUAUCGCUGCUCGUGCUAACAGCCCUCCAGACAAUAUAUUCCAUGCUCUCCUUCUACGACUGACUCCAUUCCUCAAAGCUGCUGCGCACUGAAGUCCGUCAGCUGUACAUAAUCUGCGAAUUUCUACCAUAGCUCCUGACCUAGGCCCUUAAAAAUAUCACAAUCUUUUUCAUUUUCUUUGUUAAAUAAGAUUAUCAUAAACUUUGAAUUGUACGGAAGAAAUCAAAUUAUUUAAUUUUUUGAAAAAAAUAUGUAUGAAAUUAUGAAAAUGAAAUGAAAUGUGAAAUUUCAUUUAAUU